ACAGCUUCUGUGCUUCGACUAUCGUCUAGUCUGAUCAUCGGUGAAAUAGAUGUGCCAAUGGUGCGUCGGACACAUAUAGGAGGAAUGUCGGUGAUGAAGUUUUGUGAAAAUUUACACUCACAUCCGAUGUCACACGCGUAUCUUACCGCGCUAUCGCUCCCAGAUGCAGUGUUUUAGUGAGCUCAGAUUUCUGCCACUACGUGACACACCCUGUGAUGGGACGUCGGUGUAUUAGUGCCAGCAGCAGUGCCAUCUAUCGCUAUCGCAAAUGUAGCGUUGAUGUGAUAACGACCCUCCGAAAUAACACCCCGUCCAUCGGUUUUUUUUACCCCUUGAACCGUUAGGGAAUUUUUUUUCGGAAGGGUGCGGUUUUAGUUGUAACUGGUGCACUCACUGUCGACGCCCGUUAGCGUUGAGGGUUGAUAGUAUAUCUGGACCCGGAAGUGUAACUAACCGUUAUCAGCACACCACCAAUUUCUUUGCUGACCACAUUUCCGACACUUUCUUAUCUAGUUUAUAGUUUAGGGAGACUUUGAAAUGUGUGGAAGUAGUACACCUCAUGGAAAUGGAAUUGCUCCUAUUCAAUUAACUUCAGCCCAUGGGGACACAGUAAAUUAUUCUUAUUAGGGGAAUCAUUAUAAAAUUAUUAUAAAAUUACCUUUCAUUCGAUGUUUGUAUGGGGUGGGGCCAAAGGGCACAUCGUUAUCAGUGCAUACGGUAGCAUUUGAGUCUGUGGCGCUUUCGAUGGCCUUGGUGAUGAACUUCUCAUCUCGCAGCUACGAAUAAUCCAGAAUAAGAAGUGGCUACGGCUUCUUCUUAUAGGUGGUUGGCAACUUUCGGCAUGAAUGAAUGUAUAAAGCCGGUCUGAAGACGGAUUGUUUCAACGCAACUGUGGGUCACCGGUUUCGUAAUGAGCGCACCGAGCUUGUAGUGUAAUCGUACCCACGCUCACUAAUACCUGCGCUUCAUACACUAAAGGAAAAAGAAACAAUCGGUGGACCUCUUAACAUUACAAAAAAAGCCAGUGCGAAACGGUGUGCGUUUCGGUUGUGCGCAAGACCUACGAAACAGACGAAGAAACAUAAAACACACUCAUAUGAAGCUUAUACCGGUGUGUAGGCCAUCGAGGAGUUGAAAAGAUGCGAACGUGCGGGAUCGGGUGAGUUUAAUCACACCGCAUCAUCACACUGUCGUACCGCACCGUACGGCUUCGGUAGGCUGAUGCCGGUGAUACAUGGGGAGGGAGGGUUUUGAAUCGCGUUUACCUCGCGAACAAAUGCGCUAGGGUUAAACGCCAUGCCGGUACGAUCGGGUACGCUAGUGUAGUUCCGACGAUUGGCGCAACGCGACGCGCGUAACGCAACGUCCGUUUUCCUUUAUCGCUACGCAUUGCGCUUUUCGAAUCGAUCCGAAAAACGAAUCCUUUCUGUGGGGUGUGGGGUCAGAUAUCCUUCCGAGCACGGAGGCGUGCACGCAUUAUCGGUUAGAACGACGCUCAGCAGUGAAAUCACAGUUAUUGCAGUGCUAGAUGGGUUUUCUUUCCUUCAUACACCGAUUUUCGUAUGAAGCUGUUCAAACAUACACACACAAAUGCUAAAAACACGUCAGUGCUAAAUGAAGGCAGAAAAGCCCCAACGGAAAGAAAAACUCGACGAAUAAAAUAGAAAAAAACCACGUCCCUCGAGUGUAACACUAGGGGUGGGGAAAAUUCGAAUAAAGUGAAAAAAGAGUAAAACAACGAAGCAUCAUUCGCAUUAAAAAAAGGCAGUGUAAAAAAUUGUGAAGAAAAGUGCGGUGCACGGAAAGUGAACGAAAAUAGGCGAAACAGUGGUGAACGAAAUCAAAACAGAAAGAAGAAAAGUCGUCGGCACCACAAGCAAAGUAGGCCACCGUGGAAGUGACGUUGCAGUUGAAACAUCACACCCAUCACACUGCAAUCAGUAUAGACGGUGUGGUGGCAGUUGGCGGUGCGAAGAAAGUGAUCAAGAAAUCAAUCUUUCCGAUUGCACAAUCUUCCGACACGUCGAACAUCGGUUUCGUUUCGUUGCAGAACGCAAACCAUCAAUGCAUUCCGGCCGAGCGUGAAAGUGUACUUUUGGGUGAAAAGUUUGUCCCUCACUUCUAGUGUUUUCCGCGUGUGAUUAAGUGCAGUUGGAAGUGUGACGCAAGAGCGAAGUUCCAACGAAAGUGAAAAGAGGAUCACUUAUUGGAGCGCUACGAGGGCAAUUCCGAAAACGUCCUCAGGUGAAGCAUUUUCACACUCCCUCCCAAUCCAUCAUGAUGUACGGCGAACGGAUCGUUUACAGCUGGAACGGGAUGUACCUAAGCCGGUCUGACUGCUGACAUGAGUCAUUGGAAGUGAUCUCGCGCUAUGUUAGAUGCCAUUUCUAGACGUAAAGAAGUGUUCUUGAUCAAUUGCAAACGCUUGUUGCGACCGUGUGUGUGAGUGAAUAGUGGUGAUUUUAUUUUUUCCUUGGUAUUAUCUCAUGUUUUUUUGUGUAUUUUCCUGAGAAAAAAAAACACAAACACUGUCAGUGGCCUUCAUCUAUUGAAGGGUGUUCAACUUACAUCAGAAGAGGAAGACAUUCGACAUUUCUUUCCCCGUGUGUCAGGCAGAGGGUGAUAUCGCGAAGACACCAUCGGAUUGAUGCUUCACGACACGCGACCGCAGCAGUUUUCUUUUCUUUAAACCUCGAAGAAUUUAAAGAUCAUCAAUCGUCGGCGGUGUGGUGUGAUCCGGUGCAUAGGAAUCUGCUCGAUAUUCGAUUUACACUUGACGCACGCGAGGUACUAACAUCGCUGCAGCUUCUACUGCUACUAUUGCUAUAGAGAGGAUCAUCUCAGCUUGGUUUAUUUGAAGAGUUCCGGAGUUCGUGCGUGCAAGGAGAGAAAUGAUGGCCAAAAACUGUUCAACAUGGUUGGUGUUAUUCGCCUUGCUAGCGACUGUUUGUUUGACUACAAGCGAGCCGGAAACGACAGCCACGACGACAGCAACCAAAUGUCCACAGCAGUGCACUUGUGAAUCCAACUCUACGAUCCGAUGUACGAGUGUGGGCGGUUUGAGGAGUUUGGACAAGUCGCUACCGAUCGCUCGAUUGGAUCUGUCCGGGUUGGAGCUAACGAAGGUUCCGGGCGCACUGGAGAAUGUGCGGAACAUUACCGAACUGGACCUUUCGAACAACAGGCUCGCGGAGGUGAACCACUUAGGCAAACGCAUCCGCAAGCUCGAUCUCAGCCAUAAUCGAAUCACGUCGGCUAAGCUGGCCCGCAUACCACCGUUCGUGGAGUCGCUUAACCUGACGUACAACGACAUUACCUACCUGCCACUACACCUGAUGAAGCUGAAGAGGCUACGCUAUAUCGAGCUGGCUAACAAUCCGAUCAACUGUACUUGCGAGACGCUACACAUCCGCAAUUGGCUAACGUCCCGGCACGUGUGGUCAGACGAACACAUCAAGUGUAUGGCACCGGCCGAGUUUAAGGGUCAACCAUGGUUGCAGGUCCGUCAGUUCGAUGUAUGCAAUCCGUCUGUGGUGGAGGAGCGCAAAGAAGGUUACCGUUGGGAUGAUUACGAGGACGACAACGAGCUGAUGUUGGGAGAUGCUGCUCAUCAGGAAGCAAAUGACGAGGACGAAGAUGAUUUCAAGCGGGAAUACUUCCCUGUUGGUGAGAAAGUGAAGCGUAAUGAACCACCAAUUUUAGUAAACAACAACGAAGAUGAAGAUGCUUCUGGAGGUGGUCCAGCUACUGGUGAGGAGUCUUCCAUCGGGGAAGAAGAACGUCGAAAAGUGUUCGACGGUUUGGCAGAUGAAGGCAGCGGUGAGGAGAACCUUAGUCCACGUUUGAUUGAUGAUGUGGUGGGUGAUGGUGAGGGAGACGAGGACCAAACGGAUGAUGGCAGUGGUAGUGGAGGAGGCUUGCUGGUUGGUUUCGGACAUAUCAGUCAUGAAGAUCCUCAUGGUACGGGUACCUCAACUGAAACACCGAUCGACGAUGGUCACAGUGUUGAAGAGGAAUCGGAGGAACCUCCGAUGGAGUUCCCCAGCCUUAACGAAGGCCUUGGUAUUUUCCGCGAGGAUCAAGAAGAGGUUUCACGUGAAACGGAUUCGACCGAGACUACAUCGGAGCCAUCGAAUGCUCGUGUAAUGAUUGGACCAGCUGGUGUAAUGAAGACGGCUAGUGAAACGGGCAAUACUGGCGGAUCCUCCGAGACGCCCAUCCUCGCGGAGGAUGGUGCUACAGUUGCAACACAAUCUGAGGAAGACAACCAGAAGACGUACAUAUUGCUUGCCAUUCUGGGCAUCAUCGUAGUGUCGCUGAUCAUUAUGGUGGUGUGUAAGCGAAAGCCGGAUUCACGCAAUCGGCGCGGCAAGUAUGAUGUAGAGACGGCCAACGGUCAGGGACGUGAGAUGAAGGAGAUGAAUAAGAACCUGCUCGAGAAGGGACCGGGUGAUCGGAAUGGACAUGGUGGUGGUGUUGCUGGAGCUCCCGAACAGACUCCACUCAUGUCGCCGGACAAACCAGACUACGAGCGGGUCUUUGGAGAUCCACAAAAGACCGCUUUCAGUCCAGUGAAACCAGUGCGAACGUCACUCGAGAAGCCGAUGGAAUCGUUCAAACCGAUCGCAGCCGAGCGGCGAACGAACGAACCGUUACAGGGAGCACCGGCCCCGGACAACAACAAUACGACCGGUUUACCGAAUGGGAACGGUGCACUACACAACGGUGAUGCACCAGUCGGUGUUCACAAGCCCAACCAUGUGCCAUCAACGAACGGGGACGUUACCGAUCCAGACGGUCAUCUAGCGGUCCCGAUGGAGUCGCCCCGUUCAAAGCGCUACAGUCCAAUUUAUGUGCCUACCUCGCCCAAAUCAGAUCGUUACAGUCCGGUGUACUCGCCUGAAACGGGUCGCGUGAAAAUUAAGCUUACCGAGACGCCCAAACCGAAAACUCCGAUACUAGUGACGAGGAGUCGUUCGCGGGCGGGCGAUAUCAUUACCACGAUGGAUGACCAGAAAUUCUAGGGAACGGUUGCAAAGAGGUGGCUCAAGCAGAGUAGCAGUGACAAGACAAGGUCUCGUCACACCUCGUGACAUACCGACCGUGGCUCGUGACCAUGUGUGACGUUCGCUCCGGGAUAUCGUGUUAUCGGGGUGUGUCUCGAUUGAAAUCGCUGCUAAUCUACUAAUCCUACCUCGACUAAGGUGAACUUCUGCGUAUAAGAAUAAAAGUCGAGAUCAAGCACCCGGUACCAGGAUGAACAACUUUCAUUGCUUCCUCUUGAGCAUGUCAUCUUCAUCGGGUUUUGUGUGAUGUUUCGUGAUUUCGUGCGUGCUGGCUAAUGCACAAAACCCUUAUUCAUUGCCUUGGUGCAUACCAUCUUUCCACAAGCACGUACCGUAGUCCCGUCUGUAAAGCCUGCUCACAAAGGACCGAGAGAAGUGAUACUGUUAAUAUCAUCAUGUGUAGCGUUUUUCUAACCAAUCUGAUCUAUAUUCCUUCUUCAUGCCUGUUGCGUCACGUUAGUGAACCAUAGAAGGAAGUGCUUUAAGUCAGAGCAUUAUGUGUCCUAUUCAAGGUGUUGACUCUAUCGCGACAUGAUAAAUGAAAAUGUAAAUAGCGUUUAGGAAAUGAAAGGGACAGUGAAAUCGAUAUGGGAUAGGUGUAGAGUAGUAGUAGUAGCAGUAGUGGUAAUAACACCGAAACACAACACACAUGUAUUCUAAUUUGCCAAAAUGCCAAUUGCGUUCGAAGAGAGAGAGAGAGAGAUGCCUACAAAAUUGAUCAUAAAAUAUGAAGCGAACCUUUAGAGAAAACCAGCGAACCAUCGAAAAGAGAAAAAAAGGAACCAUUAGUAUGUAGAUUGGAAUGUAGAAUGCAUAAGUCAGGAGCAAGAAAUUGGAAACGUAUCGGUAAUCAUAUUCAGUAAGACAUAUAAGAUCGUGUAGGAUAUUUUACCGAAUGUUUCAAAUCGGGAUCAAACGUUCGAUAACAGAGGGAGGAAGAAAGUGGCAUGUUUUGGAAAAAGUUUAUUGAAAAGUCAGCAAUGUUAUAAAGAGAGUUUUUCUAGUUCAUGAAAGAGAGAAGAAGCGAGAGAAAUCACGUUUACAUUACUGUGUAGUUCGAUUUAAUGGUGCGAGCAGCCUAAAGAGUGUAAGGAGUUGUACAUUAAACGUGGGGAUCAUCAGGAUAAACACAUCAACACAUACAGAAACACACAUACACACAGAUACAAUGGGAGGAUGCGAAUAGUUAGAAUAAUUAUGUGCGUGGUUGGGAAAUCGGAUGGUCUACGACGUAUACGACGAGGUCGGUCUUUUUAAUCGAGUCUAGGUUGUUGAUGUUACUUGUUGCAAAGCGGUAUAUAGAUGCGUCUUUUAUACGGAGCCCUGUUUUAUACAGUCUGCCGGGUUGUCAUACACAUAUCCUUCGUGUCCAUUGCUUUCAUCACUUGUCCGUAAGCUACCAUCAAACCAGAACAAGGUGCGACACACUGCUGGUGCAAUUCAGAUACGUUUCUAUAGAUGGAACACCGCUUGCCAGACAGAAACGAAGAAGAUAACCGAGUCAAACCGUUUUCUUUUCUGCUUCGUGCGUUUUUUUGUGUAGGAAGAAUUGUAUUUAAAAAUUUUAUAAAUAAUUUAUACUUCGCGUGAGAAGCUAGAGACCGAUUGUGAAAAAUAAAAGCGACUAAAAAGUUGUAGAUUAAAAUUAA